AUGAGUGCAAUCAAUAUCACAAACGUCACUGUGUUGGAUAAUCCUGCGCCUUUUGUUAGCCCUUUUCAGUUCGAGAUUUCUUACGAGUGCUUGACUUCCCUCAAUGACGAUUUGGAAUGGAAACUUAUCUAUGUAGGCUCAGCAGAAGAUGAGACUUACGAUCAACUUCUAGAGAGUGUGCUUGUGGGGCCUGUUAAUGUUGGGAACUACCGGUUUGUAUUGCAGGCUGAUCCUCCAGAUCCAUCAAAGAUCCGCGAGGAAGACAUCAUCGGUGUCACUGUGCUAUUGUUAACAUGUUCGUACAUGGGUCAAGAAUUCUUAAGAGUUGGGUAUUACGUGAACAAUGACUACGAGGAUGAGCAACUCAGGGAAGAGCCUCCAACUAAGGUUUUGGUCGAUAAAGUCCAGAGGAACAUACUCUCCGACAAACCUAGAGUAACUAAAUUCCCAAUCAACUUUCAUCCAGAAGACGAGCAGGCUGCCGCUGUUGAUCCUCCUCCUGAACCAACUGAUGAACAACAACCUGAUGUCAGUGGUGAAUCUGAGGUUUUGUCUGACCAGCCACCGAAACCGCAGGAAUCAUGA